AUGGCUUCCCGACAGACUUCCCUGGCGGCAGAGUCGCCUGUCCUCGCACCGCACCAGUUUUCGUAUAUGAAGCUACAAUGCACGGCUGGCUUUGUGCUAACCGGCCUUCUUGGAUCUGCGGCACUCGCUUUGGCAUUCGUCUCCCUGUUCUCUGGCAAGAAACAACCUGAAGAAAUCGCCCAAGUGGCUGCGCAAGGUGUUUUGGUUCCUUUGCUUUUCGCCAUGGCGGUUUUGAUGCAGACGAUCCAUCACGACGCCCCAGCCAAGGCGAAGCGAAUCAUUUUUGCUGGGAUCAUAAUAAAUUCAGGUUUUAUGUUUGUUUCUGGUGUUUUUGGUGUGGUAAACGGUGUUAUGACGACAUACGGAGAUACUGAAAAGAAGUCUGCGGGCGUGAAGCUAGGCAAUAUAGCACUGCUCGUGCUGGGUGUUUUGAGUGGCGUUGCUCUAUCAUAUGGAAUUCGAGAGCUUACUCAGGCCCUGGGCAGCAGGUUGGAAGACCCUACCAUCGAGCGUGCCACCUCGAGCGGGGUUCAAGAUAAAAAAGCUACUACUUCAAGUUAA